UGGAGCAAAGCCUUCCUCAUCACUUUCUGGGUAUUGCAAAUCAUCAUCUGCAUCGUCGGAUGGUGUUUCGGAGCUUUCGGUCUCGUCGUCAAAUCAUAUGCGGAUGACGAAGAUGCAGACACUGCUCUUAGUAUUUCUGCUGGAAUCUACAUUUCAUGGGCCAGCGUAUGCUUCGUCCUCAUCGUCACGGAGAUUGUCAUGUUCUCACGUAAAAACCUCAAGCCGUGGUUCGAGGUCGCUUCUUCCUCCAUCAAGACCACGCUGUGGUUGAUUUUGUUCUUGAUCGCUAUUCAUGACACUGCGGUGGUGCAGAGUUUCCUCGGGUUUUCUCUCAUCAUGUAUGGAGUCUUCACUAUCCUAUUCGCCAUUCCCCUGAUUUACUCGGCCAUUGUGUUGCAUCGUCAACGCAAACACACUCGUACCCCUGUG